GCCGUUAAAAUAAUAAUAAUGGACCGAGACUCGACAGCUGAGUCUGCGCCUGCGCUGAACGUCCUGCGUGAUGCGCACGCAGCGUUUCGGGAGCAACGGUACGAAAGGGCGGAAGAGCUGUACAGCAGCUACAUUGAGUACUGCGUAUGCGCCAGCAGUCAUGAUCUGGCAACAGCAUUUAACAACAGGGGACAGAUCAAGUAUUUGAGAGUUGACUUCUAUGAAGCAAUGGAGGAUUAUACAUCAGCUAUAGAAGCCUGGCCUGAAUUUGAAGUCCCAUACUAUAACAGAGGAUUAAUAUUAUAUAGGCUAGGUUUCUUUGAUGAAGCCAUGAAAGAUUUCAACAAGGUCUUGGAGCUAAACCCUAAGUUUGAAGAUGCUUCUCUGAGUUUAAAGCAGACUAUUCUUGAUAAAGAAGAAAAGCUAAAAAGAAACUAUUGAAAUUCUACUCCAGAUGAACCUGGACGAACUUGAGAUUGGAUUACCUGGUAAUAGGAACACAUGCAUUUCCCCCACCCCACUCCACUAUGUUAAUUUGUUAAAUUUAAAGUCAGUUAAUUUGAAGUGUAACCUGUUUGUACUGUGGAUUUUUUCUAGUGACAGAGCAGAUUAUUUUUUAAAAGUACUGUAUUAA